CAGGACCCCAAGCUGCUGCUCUGAUCAAAUCUUGAUUAUCAUUUUUCAGGGAGGUAUUUAAUGACAUCAGUCUUACAUCUCUAUAAAAAAAACUCUCACAGUUUUUUAUAACGCACUUUUGUCAAUUCCUUUUUGAAAUUUUCACCCCAGUUAUUUUAAUAUCAUGGAUCGUAAUGAAUACCUCUCGUUUGUUGAAGAUUAUGAACAAAGAACAAAACAAUACGUAAAACCUAGAGAAGAAGAACAAGAACCAUCAACAUUAACAGUUCAACAAGAAGAGACAACAUUUCCAGCAGAGAUUCAACGUAUAAAGGAAACAUUAUUGGAAACAAGUAAACAUUUAUUAUUUAUUUCUGAAGGGGAGGAACCAUAUGAAUUUAUUUUUAUACCAAAAGAAGAUAUAACUGAAUUACCAGAAGAUUGUACACAAUUUAAAUCUUUAAUAAAACAACAAGAUAAUAAUAAUUUGAUGAUAGCGGAAGAAGAACUUUCUUCUUCAGAGAGUAAUAAUGUAUUAAAAUUUCAAGAAUUUUUUGAUCCUUUUACUUCUGAAUUUGCAGAAGAUCCUUAUGGACAAAAAGAUGGGUAUAAAGAAUUACAAAAAAUUAUUGAAGCUACUUUUCAUGGUAAAGAAAAUGUCAAAGUUUAUAAAAUUGGGGAUUAUAGAAGAGUUGGAGUUUAUUUAGUAGGAGUAAUUAAAGGAGUUGGAAUUGCUGGUUUGAAAACCUUUAGUAUUGAGACGUGAUUAGUGAAAUGUGUAGUAACUAUUAUGGUAGAUUUAUUGAUCUUAUUAUUAGUAUACAACUAUAGUAACUAUAGUAACUACAGUAUAACUAUAGUAUGAUUAUUAUUAUUAAAAGAUAUGAUAAUGAUAUAACUGGUUUAAAAUCUUUUGAUCUUUAAAAUUUUUUAAUUUUUUUUUAUCAUGUAAUUAUUAAUUAUCAAGGAGACCGAUAAAAAAAGAUUUAAAAAUUUGUAAACUUCAUAAAGUAUGCAUGGGAAUGCGUGAAGUACAUCAAAAUAUCAAAAUAUGCAUCAAUUAAAUUUAAGAUCAACUCAAAUAUUAUUUCUUGGCGAAAUUAUUAAAAAAGAAAUGAUAAAAAGGAAUGAUAGAAAUUCCUUCAUAAAUCACUUAGUUGAGUUAGUUUCAUAAUGAAUUUUUUUU